AUGUCUUUCUUAUUAAAGAGCAUGGUCAGCAGUCAGAUGAAAAGCUUUGGUUUAGGUGGCACCAGUGAAGAAAAAAAAGAAGACAGUGAGGUUUCUGACCCGGCAGCAGCUCAAGGAAUGACCCGAGAGGAAUAUGAGGAAUAUCAAAGGCAACUGGUUGAAGAACAGAUGGAGAGAGAUGCUAAGUUUAACCAAAGAAAAGCGGAACGAGCGACAUUGCGAGUACAUUUGAGAGAGAAAUAUAAGCUUCCACAGAGUGAAAGAGAUGAGAAUCAAAUACAGAUGGCUGGAGAUGACGUAGACUUACCAGAAGAACUUCAAAAAAUGGUUGCAGAGGAUCAAGUUGAAGAGGAGGAAAAAAAUUCAAUAUUUGGACAAAUCCCAAACAUUCAAAAUAUUGAUAUGGACACCAUUAAAGAGAAGGCAACAGCAACAUUCACUGAAAUGAAACAGGCGGCAGAAGAAAAAUGUUCUCUAAUGUAG